AUGGACGGCGAAGAACGGCCGAGGAAGCUCCCGAGAUUAGGAAAUGAUAAGGAUGCUCAGGAUGAGUCGGAGUCUGUGAUGACCGGUGCCGUGGGAUGUACUCCAGACAAUGAUGCCACCCCAACAACUAAAGGCCACGAGUCUGAUGCAGAUGACAGACAGAAGCUUCCGGUUAAUGCGAAUGAAUCUGUUCCCAAAAUGUCGAAGAAUCAACUGAAGAAGCUCCGCCGACAGGAGCAGUGGGAGGCCCAGCGGGAUCUACGUAAGAUUCGGCGGAAAGAGAAGGCCCAGGAGAAGAAGGACCGAAUACGGAAAGAAUGGGAUGAGGCGAAAAAGGAGGGACCGGAGGCGGUGGAAAGAUUGAGGAAAGAGAGAGAAUCCACGCGACACCGGUUUCGAAACACGACUCUGCUUCCUCUUACGCUGGUCAUGGACUGUGGGUUUGACGAGCUGAUGAACGAAAAAGAACGGAUUUCCCUCUCCCAGCAGCUCGCACGCUGCUACUCUGACAACUCCCGAACUCCAUAUCGCUCGCACCUGGUGAUAUCCUCGUUCGAUAAGCUGUUGAAGGAGCGGUACGAGACGGUUAUGAGGAAGACCCAUGAGAAUUGGAAGGGUGUGCGCUUCUUGGGGGAAGAUUUUGUUUAUGCUGCCGAGCAGGCCCGGGAAUGGAUGAAGGGACCAGAAGGGGGUGAAUUGGCGGGGAUUUUUGCUGACAAGAUGGACGUAACGCCCAAGGAUGGGGAGGUCGUCUAUCUCAGCAGCGAGAGCCCGCACACCCUGACGGAAUUGAAGCCGUACAGUACCUACAUUAUCGGUGGGCUAGUCGAUAAGAACCGGCACAAGGGGAUAUGCUACAAGCGGGCGGUGGAAAAGGGUAUCAAAACGGCGAAGCUACCCAUUGGGGACUACAUUCAGAUGACGUCGCGCCAGGUGUUGGCGACUAACCAUGUAGUAGAGAUUAUGCUCAGGUGGCUGGAAUUAGGGGACUGGGGGGAGGCAUUCAUGCAGGUGAUCCCUCAAAGAAAAGGAGGGACUCUAAAGGACUCGAAUUGUAGCUCCGAGGAACCAGUGCAGCAUGGUGACAGCGCGGACGCUGGAUCUGAGGACGUUCAGGAGGCUUCUCAGGAUGCACUGGAAGAUCCAGGAGAGUCUUGA